AUGAUACUGCGGAAAGUUUUUACACAAGUUGCGUCGGGUAUCUGUCUUCUCGGGGUAGCUCAUGGCCACAAGUUCUGCGACAAACCACCAGAUGUAAUCACCAACUCACCAGACGAUCUCAUCAUUCGCGCAAACUGCGAAAACUUCAAAAUCAGCGAUGUUAGUUGCCCAAUUAUCCUAUUGCAAAAAGAUGGUUUCCUAACUGCUCAGCCCCAAACAUGCAUCUACCGGCCUCCCGGAGCUCAACUGGUUUCCAUCUCAGCGAGCCAGAACUCAAGCAGCGAGAAACUUGCCGUCUUUGUACCCGAAAAAUAUAACGCAAAGGACGUACAGCAUGCGCUCAUCAUGGUGGCCGGGAAACUAAGCAACGCGGGCCUCUAUUGGGAGAGACUGCGAAACGUGUCGGAAGGACUCGCCGGGACGCGGUUCAAAAGCAGGAACGCUAUUCCCGUUGCGCCGAUUCUCUUUUCCGAUCGAUUUACGCCAGACUUACACGGUGAAGAUGAGCUCUCGUGGGCGAGUCCAGGGGCUUGGAUUGCCGGCCGGACUGCCAACUACCCUCCCACUACGAAUCUCACAUCCAUUGACGCCCUGGAAGCACUCGUUGACGAGUUUUCCAACACGGAAAAGUAUCCUGCCCUUACAAACAUUACAUUCAUAGGACAAAGUGCAGGUGGGCAACUCGUACAGCGAUACGCAGCUGCUGCCAAAGACCCUCCCCCGAACAUACACAUCCGCUAUGUGCAGAACAAUCCCGCAACAUGCAGCUACUUCACAGCCCAGCGGCCCUCCGUAAAAGGCGCUUCUAUCCCAUCCAUCGACUCCUGCAAGAGAUACGACCACUGGCCCUAUGGCUUCACCGGCUUCAAGGGCACAUCUACGGGGCGCAAGACGCCGAGGCAGUAUUUCGAGCAGUACAUCUCGCGGGAUGUCGUUGCGACGGUGGGAUACCUCGACACGAAUCCGUGUAGUGGUGAUCAGGGCUGCCGAGCGGUCAUGCAGGGCGGGCGGAAGCGAAGGAACCGGAAUCUGGUUUGGUAUAGGUAUGUACAUGAGUUGGCGAGGACGGGGGAGGAUCUGCGCGGGUUUCCGGGCAGGUUUGAGGGAUUGCCGGACUGGAGUGGUGGGAGGGUGAGGUUGAGGCUUGCGCUGGCGAGGAACGCGGGGCAUGAGUUUCAGGAUAUUUUUCAGACGGAGGUUGGGCUUUCGGCGCUUUUUGAUGAUGGGAAUGUGAUGGAGGGGUUUAGGCCGGGGAGGAGGGGAAGGGUUGGAUGA